GCAUUUGCAUAAUUAUGAAUAGGACAUCGAAACGAAGCAGCUGUAACAUUGUUAAACUGUAACUCAUUUUUUUCCGUUUCAGUUUCCUGGAACGCAGAAGACAUUGUUUGCACAGCGUCGUUUGUUGGUACAACAACUCGUGACACUGGAGAAAGAUUCGUGACUGAUAAACUUUUGAUAAACUUCUAAAAUGUAUCGACGUGUAUGAUUUUGUGCGGCUCGCUAACGGAAACCGUUAAAGUGUGUGAGUAGGUUGCAGGUAAAGAGCUACAAUGUGACAUAGUUCAUGUAGGCUACAUUGUGUCCGUGGCGCGAAGAUAAGUAGGGUGCCGAACAUGGAUUAGGAUUUAGUGCUACUGGGACAGAAUGAAGCCCUGGACACUUUAAUUUGACCUUGAUUUUUUUAUUUUAUCUGGGUGUUAUUGAUAAUCCAUCAAGAUAGUUACUCUAAUCGGGUAAAUCCAUUUUCAACAUCACGUUUAUGGAGAAGUACUAUUUCAAUAAACUUUGACCAAGGAAGCCAAUCGCUGGAUGACAGAAAAAGACCGUUGACAUUUGACUUGGCUAGUUGAAUUUGGUCAACCCUGUUAAACAUUUUGAAAUAAAAAGUUGAUUCAAGCAAAACAGCGGAACUUUUACAUUGCGCAAAGUUAUUAUCAGAAGCCAGUUCAUGGUGAAUUUGGUGGAUCAGGUUUGGUAAUGCACCAUGAUGCUGUUGUAGCCCACGGGGUAUGGACGUAUCGAGAUAGGAAGGAGGAAGGGAGACACGAUGGCACUUUCCCGGAGAAGGAAUCGGUGGAAGUUGAUAGUUUGCCUUUUUGGGGCGUCUAUAGUGGGAUAUUUUAUUUUAAAUAGGCAUAAUAAUCCCGGUGACAUAGCUGGAACAAGUCGAAGAGAGGUUCCCACUGAGCAAGACAUUGCAAAUGAAAUGCUUAAAAAGCCUGUUUAUGACAAACCGCAAUUGGAUUUAAAUGCCUUGGGAGAAAUGGGCAGAGCUGUCAAAUUGAACCUCGUUGGAGAGGAGAAAAAAAAAGAAGAGGAAAGUAUAAAUAAACACCAGAUUAAUACCUAUGUGAGUGAUCUGGUAUCUCUCCACCGCAGUCUACCCGAACGAUGGAAUCCUCUUUGUAAGGACCAGAAGUAUGACUAUAGGUCAUUGCCAUCCACGUCAGUGGUGAUCGCCUUCUACAACGAGGCCUGGUCCACGCUGCUACGCACUGUCCAUAGUGUCCUGGAGACCUCACCCGACAGACUGCUACGGGAGGUGGUGCUGGUGGACGACUAUAGUGACAGAGCUCAUUUGAAGGAGCCCUUAGAAAACUACAUCUCCAACUUGAAGAAGGUGCAUCUGAUCCGGGCCAGGAAGAGGGAGGGCCUGGUGCGGGCCAGGCUCUUGGGGGCCUCCAUCGCCACGGGCGAUGUGCUGACCUUUCUCGACUGCCACUGUGAAUGUCACAAGGGCUGGCUGGAGCCCCUGCUCGACAGGAUAAAGGAGGAGCCAUCCGCUGUGGUGUGUCCCGUCAUUGAUGUCAUCGACUGGAACACCUUCCAGUAUCUAGGCAACCCCGGGGAACCCCAGAUCGGAGGGUUUGAUUGGCGGUUGGUCUUCACCUGGCACUCGGUGCCAGAGUAUGAGCAGAAACGCAGGCGUUCUGCCAUUGAUGUCAUCAGGUCUCCUACGAUGGCUGGAGGGCUGUUUGCUGUCAGUAAGAACUAUUUCCAUUACCUGGGCACGUAUGACACAGGCAUGGAGGUGUGGGGAGGAGAGAACCUAGAGUUCUCAUUCAGGAUCUGGCAGUGUGGGGGCAGCCUGGAGAUCCACCCCUGCUCCCACGUGGGCCACGUCUUCCCCAAGAAGGCCCCGUAUUCGCGGAGCAAGGCCCUGGCCAACAGCGUGCGUGCUGCCGAGGUCUGGAUGGAUGACUACAAGGAGUUGUACUACCACCGUAACCCCCAUGCUCGCCUGGAAGCCUUUGGGGACGUGACCGACAGGAGGAGGCUCAGGACCCAGCUGGGAUGUAAGGACUUCAAGUGGUACCUGGAGAACAUCUAUCCUGAUAUCCACGUCCCUGAGGACAACCCUGGGAUGUUUGGAAUGCUGAAGAACAGAGGCAUGUCCAGCUACUGCUUUGACUACAACCCUCCUGACGACCAUAACCUGGUGGGCCACCGGAUCAUCCUCUACCCCUGUCAUGGCAUGGGACAAAACCAGUUCUUUGAGUACUCCAAUGAGAGUAGGGAGAUCCGCUAUAACACCAGGGAGCCAGCAGGGUGUGCUGUGGGGGACGCCGUCUCCAACUACCUGACUGUGCACCUGUGCAGGAAACCCCGGCAGACUGUCCCACAGGACCAGAAGUUUGUCCUCAGAGAGGACGAAACCUUCUUCCAUGUGAUGACGCAGAAGUGUGUCCAGGCCGUGGACAAGACUGACAACGGCACCCCUGCCCCCGCCCUGCGGCCUUGCUCAGACCACGCCAACCAGAAGUGGUUUUUUGAGGAGAGGGGGGCGUAGUGGAGUGGUCCAGCCGAAAUCCCUAUCCCUGGGGUAGAGGGUCAACCAAACUCUUAACCCUGGGAUAGAGGGUGACAGCUGGAGGGCCCCAAAGACCAAUACUCAGGUCCAGCGUCCUUAUGCCGUGGAGAUGACUUGGGUCGUUUUCACAAGAUAGAAAACAGAAGAAAAUGGUUCAAAACAGGGAGGUUCUAUCUGAAGUAGUCCAAUAGGCAUAAUCAUUUGUUUUCUGUUGCACACUGUUUUUAAAUGUUGUGCUCUAAUAAAUAUGACCCUGGUCAGGCGAACUGUUCUCACCUCCUGUAUCUAUGCACAACCGUGUGCUUGCUGGACAACGUUGACGUUUUCACACACUUGAUAUUAACUCAUACCACAUCUACUUCUCAAAUCUUUUUUUGUCGAUAUUUGUUGUGAAAACCUGGGAGACGAAGGAUGUUGGAAUGGACAGAUAUUUAACACAUUUUUAUGUGUGGGAUUUAAUUACCUGUCUGUUCAUCUGACUGAAAGCCACUCAUACUUUUUAUUCUCACUUUCAUUCUUACCUCUCUCUUUCUCGAACACAGGAGCACUUAGCAGCUGGUAGUGAAUGUUUUUGGCAUUGCAGUGAUCAUGACAGACUCUUGUGUACUUGCGCAUUACAUUAUAGCUGGAAAUCUCAGACUCAACCUCUAGAUGGAGCCAAAGCUUCCAUCUUGUGUGCUGAUCUUUUUCACUCUAUCCAGCAUGUUAUCAGUGAUGUGAGUGGUUAAUUGUUCAGGUAUUUUUGGAGCAAGUAUUUUGUUUUCUACAUGUAUUUUUUUAUUUUAAAUACGUGCGUACUACUUCAACCAGUCCCUCCAGGAUGUUGUUAUUAUUUUUGGUGAUAUUUGCCGACCCAAAAAUCGUGCAUGGCAGUAUGCAACAAUUUUGUUCAAAUUGUCGCGAAAGUGCGCUGACGAGGGAAACAUUUGUUGCCGUGUAGCUUGAUGAAACCAUAUUAUGCUGUGAUUGGUUAAUUUGCGCGCCUUCUUUUUGUAAUGCCGUGAUGGAUCUGUUUUAUGCGGUAAUAUUGCAAUGAUUCGACUUUUAUGCCGCAUUUAGUGUGGUUAUUGGUUUGCAAGCCCUCUCAAAAUGUGUGGUGAAAUUUGAUUGCACACACAACAAUUUGCGGUGACAGAAUCGUGGAGGGGCUUUUUAAUUUUCGAUUUGCUCCGCUCAUAGGCUUAAGACAACACACAGUACGUCUUUAGCCACACAAUUACUGGUAGUAGGAGAAAUUCCACUCCGGUCUUUAGUUGUGUUCAUGAAUCACAAUUAUGAAUUUGGAUAUCUCACGGUAAGCAAUUUAAACUAUUCUGAAACAAGGAAUACUUGUGGUUUUUCAGUGUUUUAUGCUGUAACAUACAUCUUGUCAAUGCAAUUGACUCCUAGUGAGAUUGUUAUUUUCCUAAUAGAGUGAAGCUACGAAGACUUAACGUAGCUAUAUUCUGUGUGUUAAUUAUAUUACAAUUCUUGUUUAUUUUAAAUUAUAUAUUUACUCAAAUGUUUAUUUACUUACUUAUUGAUCAUCGUUGAUGUCAGCGUGGAUUUAAUUCAGCACUAAAUGAGCCACUUGACUUUAUGUAUUGCAACUGCAACAACAAAAUGGAGAAAACAAUUGUUGACAGUAAACGUCACUUAAGGCCAUCAUUUCGGCCAUUUCACCCAGAAGUGCCUUACCUGAUGUAAAAAGAGAUAUGGAAAGAUACGCAUGGAAUUAUAAAACAAAUCCUCAUUUUUGUUAGAGAUUAAGGACAAAUCUAAAAUGAUACCUACCUUAUAUACUAUAGUGCAGGGGUACUCGACUACUAUUUGAGAAGGUCCGGUCACACAUUUCCUCUGUGGCAAUGGUCCGGAUGGAUAUUGUAAUUUGUCGUAGUAACAAUCCCCAAUGUUGUGACCUCCGAGCUGUUCAAACUGUUUACACCCCUCUUUUUGCCAGAUAUAAAAAAUAAAGUUGCCGUUUUUUAAACUAA